AACACUUUUAGUAGCCUUUCCAUUUCAAUUUUAAUUCCCACCCCCUCCUUCCUCACCUUGCUCCACUCGUUCCCCUCUCUCUCUCUUGAAACCACAAGCACCCUCUCCCCCUUCCUCUCCCUCUCUCUCUCUUCCUGCCUUACUAGACCACCACACUCUCUCUCCUCUUCCCCCCUCUAUCUCACUAGACUUAAUUCCAUUUCCUUCUCUUUCUUCAAAUUUUGCUCCAAGGAUCAUUUAAUUUAUGUUUCCUGUUUGCCGUUAGGCAAGGAGAGAGAAACUGAGAAGUAGAGAGAGAAAGGAGGAGCAUGGUCGCCACCAUUUAUUGCCGAGGAAGCUUGGCCAAUGCAAAUGGUUGGUAGAGGGGAUUAAAGGAACCCCACUUCCAUUACUGCAACAAGAAGACUAUUGAGAUAAUGCAAGGACCCAUCGAUCCCUGUUGUUUGCAGGCCUUUGUGGAGCACCAGACCCUAGAGUGCUUAGACCAGGGGAAUGGCGUGGACUUGGGUGCACCGGCCUGGGCACCCACUUUGGGUGCAGAAGGUCUCAGAUUAGGGGACAAUUGGUUCACUUCCUUCUGUAGCUUGAGCCCACAAAAGAGCGCAAUGCCAAAUCUGUCAUUUCUCAACAUCUUAGAACCAGCUAGAGCCUCUGGCUUAUGCCCAUAUUUCAUGGAUUCAUCACAUAUUCAAGCUUUAGAGCUUGAGAGCUGCAUAACCCAUGUCUCUGAAACUUAUUCUCCUGAAAAACCAGGAGCAAAGGAUAUUAGGAAGUUAGAAGAGGCAGCAAGCUCAGUUAACAGAGAACCCAACUCACCGGAAAAUGGAAGAGACCAUAACUCUGGUUCUUCUUCUGGGUGGGUACGCGAGCUUAGGGCACAACCAGAGGCGAAACAUUUGAGUACCGGUGCUGUUAGAGAGAGGAAGAAGAGGAAGAGGUCUAAGGCGUGUAAGAAUAGCCGGGAAGUGGAGAGCCAGAGAAUGACACACAUUGCAGUAGAGAGAAACAGGAGGAAGCAGAUGAACGAGCAUCUCAAUGCUCUGCGCUCUCUCAUGCCUGCCUCUUUCAUUCAAAGGGGUGACCAAGCCUCAAUCAUAGGAGGUGCAAUAGAUUUUGUCAAAGAGCUUGAGCAACUCUUGCAAUCACUUCAAGCUAAGAAGCAAACCAGGCAAUCAGAAGAGGGUUACAGCCCAACAAGCUCCACUGUCCCCUUCAAUGGCUUCUUCUCUUCUCCUCAAUACACAACCUACAGCAAUUUCAAGUAUAUGGUCGACGGCUUAAUGGACCAGAGGGGCAAUGAAUUCAAAGCUGAGAACAAAUCAGCGGUUGCAGACAUUGAAGUAACACUAAUCCAAACCCAUGCCAACCUCAAAAUCCUUUCGCCAAGGCGACCGGGCCAAUUAUUGAAGACCAUUGCUGCACUCGAAAACUUAGAACUCACCAUCUUGCACCUCAACAUUACCACCAUUCAGCACUCUGUGCUGUAUUCUUUUAAUCUUAAGAUCGAAGAGGGCUGUAAGCUUGGAUCGGCUGAUGAGAUCGCUGCUGCUGUGCAUCAAAUCUUUAGCUUCAUUAAUGAAAACUGAGUCAUUUCUGUUAAAUCAUCAAAUGAAAGGCGAAUAUAUGGCCUCUCUCUCAUGAUUUGGAGAUUAACUCACUACAAUGUAAAGCAAGAAUCGGGUUUAGUUUAUAUGAUUUAGUGAUUAUUUGUUUUUCAAAGGGGCGUUUUGAAAUUGAACUCAAACACUGGGGUUGGGCCGGCA